AUGGCGGGGUGGCAGCGCAGCCUCGACGACGGACGCUCGAGGUGGGCGGAGACCUUUGCCGAGUCGCUCGCAGUCGUGCGCGGCAUCGCCGCACAGCCGCCUCCGAGUGCUGCUGGCUCCGUCUACGAGCUCCUCGGGCCGGGCGUAUCUCUGGCCGACGCCGACUUUGCCGCAGAGAUAGCGGACGCCGAGGCGCGCGAGGCGGCUCAGCGCGCGGCUCUCGUCCCGAAGCUCGAGCGCCUGGUCGAGGAGCACGAGAGGCAGCUGCAGAGCAUGUACGCAGCGGUGCAAGCAUCGCGUGCGAGCGUCCGGGGCUUGGGCGCCGCCGUCGCCGUCGACCGCGGUCCGCUUGGCCUCAGCUGCUCUGCCGCCGACCAGAGCGCUGCGGCAGCAGCAACGGUGGAGGCGUACGAGCUCGAGUUUCAGCUCAAGGCGGCGGCGCUGGUGCGGCUGACAAAGCUAACAGGGCGCGCGGGCGGCCGGGCCGGCGGCAGCGAGGACGCUGCAGAGGCCAACGCGCUGGUCACAUCGUGGGAGGCGCAGCCGAUGCUGCAGCCUGCAGAGAGUAUCGACAUGGCGCUGGAGGAGCAGAGAGAGCUCGAGCGCGCUGCGAGCGUUGCGGCGGAGGGCUCCGGCGGCGCGCAACAUUCAGAGGAGGCCACGUCUCCGGUGACCUGCACCUCUUUGAAGCCCUUGUCCGCACCUGCAGCUGGGCCCGCGUCCAAGCUUGAGCCCGCGCCGUGGCUCGUGCCCGUGCCGCCGACGCCACCUCUGCUCUCCGCUGGAGCAUUGGCCCUCUCCGCCUUUUCUUGCAUGUCCCGAAAGAUCCCGUUCAGCUCUUGCACGCCGUACACAGAGGUCGGGUACGUCUCUUUCAUCCCGGCCACAAACUCAUCCAUCGACACCCGACCGUCGCCCACUCCGUCAGGGACGUCCAUCCAGUCAAAGGGGCGCCUCGGAGCUUGCGCUACGGUUGCUGGCUUCUUCCGUUUUGCGAGCUCCUUCAGCUUCUUGACGACGUGGACAAACGUGUCGUCAUCCCACAGCGCAAACAGCUUGCUGCAGUACGGCACAAACUCGUAUCGCUGUAUCGUGUCGAUCAGGAAGCGCAUCCUGAUCGGCGCAGUGGUUGCGGGGGCGCUCCUCGUUGCUUUAUUGUACUCGAGGAAGCAGCAGGGCGGCUUCAUGGAGUGCGGCAGCAGCGUGGCGCUCUGCGGCGUCCUGACCCUUUCAUCAGGCCUCGGGCCCGGCAAAUAUGGCCUCGGGCCGGGACUCCACGGCCUGUGGCCAGAGAAUGGGGAUUACGGCUCGAGCGCAUGCGUGUACACCUGCUACGAGAAGCCGGGCGAGACGGAGGCGGAGAUCCUCGACUUUCAGGAGCACGAGUUCACCAAGCAUGGCGCGUGCGCUGGCGUUGACUCUGCUGACGACUACUUCACGCAGGCACGUUUACUCCCACGGAUGAAUCUGAUGUGCAGCCAUCUGCUUCGCCUCACGCCUUCGCAUGGAUCGCUGCAGGCAUGCGGCUUGGCAAGCGGGCCGCUUGGUCUCAUCCGCACGGCGCGCGUUGGAGGGAUGACACUCAUCGAGCCCGUCCUCCUCGCCGCCGGAUACCCGGUGUGGGAGGUGGACAGCGAGCACGCGGAGGUGCAACUGUCCGCUUGCGCGAAGCCGAGCGGCGAGUGGGUGCUCGCCCGCCAACGGGACUUUGAGAAGACUUGCGGCGCGCCCAGCCUCGAGGAGCAGGAGGCGGAGCUGGUCGGCGAGGAGAUGGACCUCAUCCACCUCCUCGAGAGCCGCACUUGCGUCCCCGGCGAAAGAGGCCCGCCCUGUUCUGCCGACGCCGACUGCGGCAGCAAGCCCAACUGUGUGCGCUGCGCAAGAUCCGGCUUCUGCACCGAUCAAGUUUUGUGA